GUAGGGGGCAGGGCCUCAGGGUAGAACCAGGAUGGAGCACCCACCGGGAAAAAUAAAAGUCAGCGCCUAUGGGCCAGAUCCCAGCUGGUGGGAAUUCCAGCUGAAAAGCAGGUCACUGGUUGUCAGCACUGGGCUGGCGUUAAUUGGCACGAAUACUUUGGAGGCACACAGGUGAACACAGGUGCAAUAGUGCAUACAAUGCAGUAGGGGGCAGUAGUGUCUGCGUGUCUCUCAAUCACAUUCAUAGGCACAGUGCAAGCUGGAGGUUUGAUUUCCACCUCAAGGAGACAAACCCAGGCUGGCUCGGAUGGCGCUGACACUAGUAGCGUGUCAUUGCCGUGGGGCGAGCAGGGGGCAGGGCCGCCCUGGGCAUGUACCUAGAGGCUGGGAUGUCUCCUCACGCUGGGACUCACCCCUCCAGCUCCGAGGGGAGACACUGCGUGGGGCAGGUCUGAUCAUUCUCUCCAGCAGGAGGCAGCGCUAACGUUCACUGUGCAUCUCUCUCCUGCCCACGUUCCACCUGCCCGGCAGCCUGGAAAAUCCCCCCACCUCCGGUGUCUUUUCCCACAGCUCCGGGGAUGUUACACGUUGUGGUGGUGUGUUGGUGGCUGAGGUGCUGUGGGGGGGCCGCUCAGAGCAACUCUCUCCAAUGACCCCCCUGCUCCUCCCACCCAAAACCUGUGUGUGCAGGUGUGCAGGCUACCCAGGCACCUUUCCCUGCCGCUAACCAACGGAGCACCUGAAUAUUGUCUAGCAGACGGGCAGCUCGCAGUGACGCUGGAGCCAGAGCCAUGAUUUCCUUCCUCCGCUGCUGCUUCUGGCUCCCCUUGCUGGCCACAAGAACAGUACAGUCUCCACCAGAUGUUGUAGCUCGGUUCGGGGGGGACGUGACCCUGAGCUGCUUCUUCCUGUCCCAGCCUGGGAUGAACCUGCAGGAUGUAACCGUCACCUGGAAGAGGGAGCGGGCUGGGACAGAGGCUCUGGUAGUUCAUAAUCACAAUUACAGGAGGGACCAGCUGGUGAGACAGGACGAGGUUUAUAGGAACCGGACCUGGCUGGAUCCAGAGGGGCUGGCCUGGGGCAAUGCGUCCCUGACACUGAGGGGCGUCCGCACCCAGGACGAGGGCGUCUAUCUCUGCCACGUCACCUCGGAGCUGGGCUGGACGGCUGAGCGCAGGGAGCUGAGAGUGGAAGGUGAGUGCUGGGGAUGCUGCAUCCUGGGAUGGGUCUGGCUAAUGUGGCUCUGUGUCCCCCUCUAGCGGCUCCAGCCUGCUUGGCACUUUAUUAGUCUCCUCGCAGUCAGAAUUCGCUCCACGACCUCUUUCCACCCGGCUUCCCGAGAACUCAGCUCCACACCACACUUCGUCCCUCAGGUGUUUUUAUCUGGCUCACAGCAACGCUACGCUGAGCUGAUCUGUUUCAAACGCAGGGGGGUGGACGUGGGUCCAUCACAGCUCUAGAGUCCCACAGAAACUCAUUCUCGUUAUACACAUUUACAGAUCACAUCCCAUUUACUCUACAUUGCAUCUGACAUUUUACGAUUGGCUGGUUACUUAGCAGGAACCAGUCCCUUAGCUGCACGCUCCGUCCACGUUUCGACUUCCUCUUCACCUCAUCUCUCCAUUCCUAACGUAUCCUGUCCCUUGUUCGCUGGUUCGUAGUAAAGAGUUCUCCCUCUUAUCUUAGCUGGCUCAGACAUUCUGUCUUUUUAGCCUAUUGACCUCUUGACUUAUCUUAUUGAGCACAAAUGUCUGUUUCCAGCCUCAUGAGUCAUUUGCCCCCUAAUCCUGUCUUCCAAAGAAUGAGGCCUCAUGUGGGGCCAGG